ACUUUCCAAAACACCAGAAAUACGGGGAAAAUAUGGCAACUCAGAGGCUGCAGUCAGCCACAAUCCCCCCCGUCUUCUAAUUGAGACAACAGCGACCAUCUUUUGAUCAUGGAAUUAAGGAUUCAAGAGAAUAAACGGAGUGCAAAGCUUUUGAGAGAGAAAGAGAACGUUCGUAACCUCACGUUGCAUUUCAGCAACAGACUGACAUUUCAUUGCCAACAGGCAUACAUAAUUGGUGUAGCCUACAUUGGUGAAUUAUCUUUUAGUUAUAGUGAAUUAGAACGUUCUGCUUUGCAAACGGUCUGACAGGUAAACAUCCAUAUACGUCAAUUUUUUUCCAUGUCGUCGUCUCAUUGAAUAGGAGAGAAAAAUGAGUGAACAGAGUAUCUGCCAAGCCCGCGCCUCGGUCAUGGUGUACGAUGACGCCAGUAAGAAGUGGGUGCCAAUCAAGCCGGGACAGCAGGGCUUCAGCCGCAUCAACAUCUACCACAACACGGCCAACAACACCUUCCGCGUGGUCGGGGUCAAACUACAGGACCAGCAGGUAGUGAUCAACUACUCCAUAGUAAAGGGGCUGAAGUAUAAUCAGGCCACACCCACCUUCCACCAGUGGCGUGAUGCCAGGCAGGUGUACGGUCUCAACUUCGCCAGCAAGGAGGAGGCCACCACCUUCUCCACCGCCAUGAUGUUUGCCCUCAAUGUGCUCAGCUCGCAAGACGGAGGCCCUGCUGUCCAACGUAAAAAUGGGCCCUCCUCAGAAGACCCCGAUGCACACAGGAGGCAAAUGAUGGAGCAGCAUCAGAUGCAGAUGCAGGAAGUGGCCCACAAAGAGAGGGAACGACGGACGUCUGGCUCAGGUCCAGUUUCUCUUCCCGCAUUGCUGGCUUUGGCCCCACCAGUGGCCCCACCUAUGCCUAUGCCCCCCCCUGCCCCUAUGGCACCCAUGGCCCCCCCUCCUCCACCGGGCCCCCCGCCUCCGGCCACGGUGCCACCGCCCAUGCCCCCUCCACUGCCGGUUGGUAGAGGGCCCGGGGGGCCACCGGUAGGGGAGGCAGGCAAUGAGCUGGCGCAGCCACUCUCAGGACUGGCGGCUGCCCUCGCUGGAGCCAAACUCCGUAAAGUUGCAAGGGAUGAGAACAGUCCACCAGGAACAGGUGGAGCCAAGAAUGAUGCCAACCGCUCGAGUGGAGGUAGUGGUGCUGGAGGGGAGGGGCUGAUGCAGGAAAUGAACGCCCUUCUAGCACGCAGACGGAAAGCCUCAGAGAGACCUGAAGAGGAGGAUCCCAAGCCAGGGCAGAACUCUACAGGUGCUGGGAUGAGUCCAUGGGACCGAGCAAACUCUGUAGACAAGUCUUCACUGGUAUUAAGGGUGCGACCAGUGGGCAGCACUAGUGAAGGAGACAUAGACUUUGACAGGAUGAAGCAGGAAAUCUUGGAGGAAGUUGUACGUGAAUUGCAGAAGGUGAAAGAUGAGAUCAUUAAUGCCAUUAGACAAGAAAUUGGUCGAAUCCAUACAUCAUAAUAUCUGGACAGUGGGACGUGCUGGAAGUAUGAAGGAUAAGAUGUGCUCGGGAAGAAAUGUUCUCAACGUUUCUGUGAUGCUAUGAAACAUUGCUGUGACGCUGCAGAAAGGUUGAGCCAACAUUGAGUCUGCUGUGCAGAACAGAGGGAUGAAAAAAAAGUGAGAAUGAGCGAGAUAGAAUAAUGGUUAAAUGAACAAAGGAUGUACGGACGGAAGGAUGGACGGACGCUUGUACCGUUUUCCGUUUUUUCCUCUCCGUGCAUUUACAGACUCGGUUCAGUUUGCAGUUUUCUGCUCUGUUCUAAGUCUUACAAAAGAAAAUAUUUUUGUUUCCUACGUUUGUACUGUUUUAUUAUUUUAAAAAACAGUGAUUAUUUUAUUAUUUGUAAUAUUAUAUAUAGAGACAGACAAAACUGUUGUUCUACAUUGGCAGGUCCUGGAGGAAACUUGCACACCAUUUACAUCAGCCUUUUAUAUUUUAUAUGAUUUACUUUAUCCUUGGGUGUUUGACGAGCACAUAUGGCACAUACUGUGCUUUAGUCACCUGACCUCAGCAGUUUUUAAAAAGCUUUUUAUCUAUUCACCAGUAACAGGGCAGUGUUCAUUAGGCACCAAACAGAAGACAACUGACUGAACCAGGGAGGGACUACCUGGACAUGUCCAAUAAGAAACACUCGUUUUUGUUGUCCGUUGCUAAAGGUUUUCAUUUGGGGAUCAUUCACACAAAAAAAGUAUCCAAAACUGUAAAUUCACCAUCUAAGUUUUCCCAAUAUAGAUCAAAUUAUCCAUAGGCUAUCCCUACAAAACCCAAAGUAACUAUACAGUAUGUGUAUAUGAUUUGUUCCUGUGUUUUAACCAUGCAUGAAUCUGAUCUUUAUUAAAAAAAAAAUGAAUUGGGUUUAAAAAAAAAAGUGGUAUGUUUACAAUGGUGGUUUGUUUUUGUGAAUGUCCUCCUUGCUAUUUAAAGUUGAACUUGAAUUUGAUAUGUGAAAAUAGAGCCAGUUGCUCUUGCAAAAUGAAAAGAAUUACAUACAUCAGUGCAAAAAUGAUUUGUGAUGAUAGGAAAAUGCUUAUUUCAGGAAAAUAUUUGAUUGAAUAGCGGU